UGAGAAUGGCAACGAUUGCGCGCCUAAACCUAAACUUGGCAGCUAUACGAAAUUUUUAAUUGUGUAGAUCGGAUGUGAAAUAUAAAUGAAAUAUGAUUUUAAUUACUCUUUUAGGAAUACCGGCAUAUAGUUUUUUCGAUUAUCUAUUGCCGUAACAACAUCUGCUAUAUUUUAGUUUAGGUUUAUUAUUACUGGUUGUAAUGUUUUGUUCCAUGGAUUUUCUCUCCUGACAAUGUCCUUUUGACAAGAUUCUCAACAAAUGACGUUGAUGUUGUGUGUUUCUUAUUGAUAAUCAAUUUUAGAAACUUGGCAAUCAAUUAUUUUAUUAUAAUUUAUUAUUAUUUAUUGAAAUGAAUUCUAAUAAAUACUCUAAAUACAUGAAGAAAAAGAUAUUGCCUACUUUCAUCAUGGGGCAGAAAAAUGCUACAGUGUCUAACCCUCAGUCUUCUUGCUCAAUCUUUAGUGUAGAUGAAGAUGUCCGAAUAGUUGUUGAAAAUGGUGAUGAUUCUGUGUUUUCCACUACAAUGCCUUUAGAUAAAAACCUUGAACUCUCUCAAAAAACCUACUCCAAAAGAAAUCCUCUCAGUUUUCCUCCUAGUUUGACGCCUUCAAAUGAGCCAUUUAAAUUUUCAGUUAUUCCUGAAAUUCCAUCAUUUUCCUCUGAUUCUUCGCAGUCCACUGCAAAUGUUAAAAAAAAGCGAGGAUUGGGUGGAAAAUUUCAAACUGGUGUUCCUAGGAAGAUUCUCAAAGCAGAUAUUGCCCCAAAAGAUAAAUCUAACCCAGUCUCUUACCGUACUAGACCAAGAGAAAAGAUCGUAUGCCUCGACAGUGAAGCUUCUUCAGACUCUGAUAUUGAAGUUGUCGAGAUUAAAGUCGUUAACCCAAAUGCCUUAAAUUCGCAAUCAAUGAACGGUAUCAUGAGGAGAUCUAUUAAAAAAGAACCAGGUUCAGACAAUAAGAGAAAGACUGAAUUGUCUAAGAAGAAAUCUGAGCCGAAUCACCUUCAAGUUACCAAAUCUUGCUAUAUGGCUGCAAGUAAUGAACUGAUUGUCAACGAAGCCGACACUGCUCCUUACAUGCCAAAUAAUCCUAAUAUGUUUCCUGACGUGUUGACUUCUACAAAGUGGUUAAAUUCCACGAGUAGUGCCGAAGAAGCCUCUCAGAAAAACAAUAAUCGUGUCUCGGUCGGAAAACAAGUGGCUUCUUCGACUGCCAACGUAAAACCUUCGCUUAUACAAGAAGUAAAGUUAAUGGAUGUUAAAACGUUGAAAAAGCGAAGUGAAUUAAAAUGCUUGUAUCAGAAUUUAGAAGAAAUUUCUUGGACACAAUCCACUAGUUUCAAGAAUCUGCUUCGGAAUCCGGAAUACAUAAGACAUUCAGAUCGAAGCAAGUGCAGAGUGACUGGGACCGGUAAAAAUCUUAAAGAAAUUCCCCAUAAGCCUGCUGCUGUUUCUGGUGUGAAAAAAAUCCCUGAAAUUAAAGCUGGCUUGAGAAAUCGCAAGCUAGUUAAUGUUAAAACUAAUAAAAAAUUAGUUAAGUUAGCUCCUAAAAUUAAAUAUAAUAAAUAUAAUAAAUUUAGUGCUAAUAAGUUGUCCGCACCUAAAUUGAAUAAAAAAGCUCAAGCAAAUGUAGCUAAACUGUCUCAAAAAGGUAGCAAAAUAACAAAAGCACCAAAAGCUGGCACCAAAAUAAAGGCUGCUGAACUUAAAAUUAAAAAAAGUCCGAGUGAAAAAGUUGAAGAGACCAAGCUCAAAAAACAGGAUCUCGAUAAUGAUUGUGAAAAACUGAAAGUGAAGGCAAAAGCAGAAACUCCUAAAUCAAAUGGUGAUGUUAAAAUAAAGCCUUCUAUACUUGCUAAAGAUAAAAUGUUAACUCUCUCAAAACCAAAGGUUGAAAUAUCUAAAGCAUCUAGUAGUGGUGUACAUCACAAUGAGUGUAGUUCAAGUGAUCCGUGCAUCAUGUGUGAUGUGAUGCCCACCAAGGAGGAUAGUCUCGAAAAACCAAAUCAGCAGACGAACCUCUUUUCCAAGCGUUUCGGAAUGCUUCAAAAGUACAAGAAAAAGGAUCAUGUGUAUUCGACGGUUCAGAAAGGGCCGCAGUGCCGUGUGCACAUUGAACCAUUGGAGCCCUCUAGUUUACGAAAUACAGAGUAUUAUGAUGAUUAUCGGAAACAGUACUUCAAUCAAGCACUUCGCAAAGCCAUGGAAAAGAGGGAACCCAAUUACAUUGCAACUGUUCUUCAGGAAUUUUGUGAUUCUUACAUGAAUCCAACUUUGGAAGAUAAAGUGUCCAAAAAGAGGAAACCUGACGAAGAAGCACUCAGAUCCAGUGCUCGACAAAUAGGAGGUUCUCUGCGCUAUAAAGAAAUAGUCGUAAAGAAACACCAGAACUAUAUGCAAGUUAUUUUAGUUCCCAAUGGUGUAAAGAAGAAUUCUUUGUCCAUUGAAGCUAUUAAAGAAUUGCGGGAUGCAUUUCUGUUAGCAAAGAAAGAUUUAAAGUGUAAAGCAGUUCUCUUGAACAGUAGUGGCUCUUAUUUCUGCACUGGUAUUGAUCUCUCUCAGCUUAUAGGGCCCAACAAAAAACAGACUUGUGAAGAAAUGGCUUCUGUUAUUAGAGAACUUGUUCUUGUUCUGAGCACAUUCACAAAACCCAUUAUAGCUGCAGUGAAUGGAGCAGCUGUCGGCUUUGGUGUAUCGCUUCUAACCUAUUGUGAUAUUGUCUUUGCCAGUGACAAAGCAACUUUCUGCGUUCCUUCCCUUAGUAUCGGAUAUGUACCUGAAGGUGGACUUACUCUUACACUUCCUCAAAUUAUUGGAAAUUCUCGGUGUUGUGAAAUGUUGCUGCAGGGAUCGAGAUUAACAGCGUCUCAGGCUCAUCAAAAAGGUCUCGUUUCUGAAGUACUGUGGCCAUCCAGAUUUAUGAAUGAAGUUAUGCCUCGUGUGCUGGCUGUUAUAUCACAACCAUUGCCAGUGAUGGAGGCAACGAAACUUCUGGUGCGCGCCAAUAUUUGGGAUAAAUUGAGAUCCCACAUGGAUGUGGAACGUCGACUCCUCGUCAAUCAUUGGCUGGCUCCUCAAUGCCAAGAAAAUAUUAAACGGGUCCUGCGUCUGGAUUCGCUCAUCGAUUGAAAGAUUAUCUGUUUUAUUUCAACCACCCUUUUUUUCCCCUUCCUUUUCUUCUUCCUCCUGACUAAAAUAAAUAGUGAACGUUGCACGUUAAUGCUUAUAUUAUUAAUGUUUUACUUUUUUUCCUCUAUUGUAUUUUGGAAAAUAAAGACUUUAGUUUUCUUAAA